AUGGCUAAUUAUGAUGGGUCCAUAAUAGCUGUGGGUGACUUCCUGGUGUAUAUGAAGAUCCCCCUCCUGCUGCUCUGGCUGAAAGUAUUUCUCUUCCUUCCUGGAUGGUCCCAGAUUGGACACUCCCAAAGACAUGGUCCCCCAGAAGUGGUUAUACCCUUGAAGGUAACAAACACUGGCAGGGAUGUGAAGUCUCAUGGCUGGCUCUCUUACAGACUGUACUUUGGGGGCAAGAUAUAUGUUAUUCACAUAAAGGUCAAGAAGCAUUUUUUGUCCAAAAACCUCCCAGUGUUCACCUACACAGAUCAGGGUGCUCUCCUGGAGGACCACCCUUUUAUUCAGAACGACUGUUAUUAUCAUGGUUAUGUGGAGGGGGACCCAGAAUCUCUGGUUUCCCUCAAUACCUGUUUAGGGGGUUUUCAAGGAAUGUUACAGACAAAUGACACUGUUUAUAAAGUUGAGCCCAAAAGGCUUUCUACAACAUUUGAACAUCUAGUAUAUAAGAUGGACAAUGAAGAAACAGAAUUUCCACCCAUGAGCUGUGGAUUAACAGAUGAAGAAAUAGAACAACAAGUGACAUUUCAGGAGAGUGUUAAUUCUACUUUGAUGCAAAGUGGAUAUGAAGGCUGGUGGACCCACAGGCGUUUUCUUGAAGUGGCAGUGGUCGUAGACCACACUCGCUAUCUUCAUCACCAAAGGAAUACCUCACUUGUACAGAAUGAAGUAUGCUUUAUUUUCCAUGGAAUAAGUGACUUAUUAAAAUCAUUGGAUAUUGAUGUGUUUUUAAUGGGAAUAGAGGUAUGGACUGAAGAAAGCUAUGUUUCAUUACACAGCAUAGGAGAUGGCCUGAAUGGAUUUUGCAAAUGGAAGAGAAGGGGCUUUAAUACUCGUUUGCCCCAUGAUGUUGCACAUAUUUUUGUGAAAAAGAAUUUUGGUACCAAUGUUGGCUUAGCCUUUGUUGGAACAGUAUGUAAAACUCAUACAAACUGUGGAAUUGAUAGUUUUCUGAAUGGCGACAUAACUGAUUCAGCAUAUAUUGUGUCACACGAGAUUGGUCAUAAUUUGGGUAUGGGGCAUGAUGAUACCAAAACCUGUGGAUGUGGAAGAAGCAAAUGCAUAAUGUUUCCAUAUAAAGCAACAACAACUAAAUUCAGCAACUGCAGUUAUGUGAACUACUGGAACCGUAUUGCCCAAAAACCUUGUGUGUACACUUCACCAGAUCCACAGAAAGUCUUCAUGAUUAAAGGCUGUGGGAACAGAGUGGUUGAUGAAGGAGAGCAGUGUGACUGUGGUUCCAGAUAUAUGUGUGAAAAGGACCCCUGCUGUCAGUCAGACUGCACUCUGACAGCUGGGGCUGACUGUGCUUUUGGACUUUGCUGUGAGGAAUGCUCAUUCAUGCCAGCAGGCUCCAUGUGUAGAAAAGAGGAAAAUGAAUGUGAUCUUCCAGAAUGGUGCAAUGGGACAUCACAUCAGUGUCCAGAAGAUGUGUAUAUGCAGGAUGGGACCUCCUGCACAGGUGGCGGCUACUGCUAUGAAAAGAGAUGCAAUAACCACAAUGAACAGUGUAGGAAAAUCUUUGGCAAACAGGCCAGGAGUGCAGAUCAGAGUUGUUACAGGGAAAUGAAUACCCGAGGAGACCGUUUUGGUAACUGCGGUCUCAAGGCUACUAAAUACGUACAAUGUAACAUCUCAGAUAUCCUCUGUGGGAGGCUUCAGUGUGAGAAUGUGACAGAAAUUCCCCUCCUGAGAGAUCAUUCUACUGUGCACUGGACUCACUUCAAUGGAGUCACCUGCUGGGGUACAGACCACCAUUUGGGGAUGACCUUACCUGAUGUUGGUGAAGUGAAGGAUGGCACAGAGUGUGGUGCAGGACAUGUCUGCAUCCAAAGGAAGUGUGUCCAUAUGUCCCUCUGGGAAAGUGCUUGUUCACCUGAGACAUGCAAUAUGAGUGGGGUCUGCAACAACCGACAUCACUGCCACUGCAACUCUGAAUGGGCCCCACCCAAAUGCCUGCUAAAAGGCAGUGGAGGUAGUGUUGAUAGUGGCCCACCCCCUGGCAAAAAUGAAAAGGUAGAAAGAAAGAGUAACCUGUUACCACUUUGGUUGAUUCUAUUUUUUGUUUUACUACUGGGUGUAUUAGGCAGAAUUCUGAGAAACAGUACCAACGGGAGAUACGAUAUAAGUGAACCAGAAAGAAGAGACCAUUAUCUAGAGACAGAGACACUGACGAGUGGAGUACUUGAACUCUUUUGA